UUAUCUCAAACAUGGGACCGUCUCAUGAGUUCCAAUCCUCGAAUGGCCCAACCCUAUAAAUAUUUCGAUCCGUAUUCUUAACGAAGAAACCCUUUUUCGCUUUAAUCUUCAUCUCUUCUUGUAGGGUUUGAUUCUUAACACAACUACACAAUCAAAGGCUUUGGUGCUCUUUGAAAGAUGGGAUACGAAAAAGUUCUUAGCGCUUUACAGGAGAUUUUUCCAGAGGUUGAUUUGUGUAGGCUGAAAGCUGUCUCUUUAGAACAUCCUAACGAUGCUGAUGUGGCUGUGGGAGUAGUUCUUGAUCUCCCUAAGCGUCCACUUACAAUUGGUUCUUCAAGUAAUAGUCAGAGCUCCCUCAGUUUCUCUGAUGGUAAUAUUUUUCAUGCAGAUAAUGACAAAAGGAAAGUUGAUUCAAGUAUGGAUCAUGUAGUUGUAAAUCCUUGUAUCGCUGAACAUUCAACUAAAGAUCAUGUUUCAAGCAUGGAUGGAAGUUUCCGUGGUGCAACGGGAGCUUUAGAUGCUGGUUUUUCGACUCAAUAUACCCGUAAUCCAUUUGGGGAGCAUGCAAGUUUUGAACCACUUCAUGAUCCAAAUAGUCAAACUGAAGCUAACCGUGAUGGUGUACCUCUACCUUUCGAGACAUUUGGAGGGAGCAAUAGUAUUGACACUGAGAGCGAGUUAAUCGGAAGUGAAAAUGUUGAUGACGAAAAGUUAAUUGCUCGGGAACGCAAACAAUUAGUAGACACUUCUGAAACUAAUUUAGCUGCAACUCAAGAAUCAGAUCCCAUAUGUUCAACAAAAACUUUUGAAAAAGAUGACUUAGCAGGCAGUUUUGUUGGUUCAGAGGAUGAGUCGGCUAUGAGUUCCAUGCUUACUAGAUCAGAGCAAAUUUGUAGCCCCGAGUAUCUGGAUGAAGCUAUUGAAGAUGCUAAAAGUAAAAAGAAAACGCUCGUGUUGGCCAUGGAUUCAGUUAUCGAUCUUAUGAAAGCAGUAGAAUCUAAAGAAAAAGAUGUUGAACAAGCAAAUGAGGAUGCCACCCGCGGUUGUUCUGAUAUUCUUGCUAAGGUGGACGAGGUUAAACACGCACUCGUAAGAGCAAAAGAGGCAAAUGACAUGCACGCUGGAGAAGUAAAUGCGGAGAAAGCCAUCUUAGCCACUGAAUUGAGAGAGCUUCAUGUUCGCUUGAAUACGUUGUCGGAUGACAGAAACAAAUCACUUAAAAUUCUUGAUGAGAUGCAUAGAGCGUUAGAGAUUAGAAUGGCUGCUGCUUUAGAAGAAAUCGAAGCAGCAGAAGGCAAAAAGUUAGAACGAGAACGGUCUGCUAGAGAAGCUCUUUUGUACCAAGAAAGCCAAAUGGAAAAAGUGGUUGAAGAGUCUAAGAAACUGAAGCUAGAAGCUGAGGAAAAUUCUAAGUUGCAAGAGUUCCUCACGGAUCGUGGCCAUGUGAUUGAUAUUCUACAAGGAGAGAUGGCUGUCAAAUGCCAAGAUGUGUUACUGCUAAAAGAGAAGUUUGACAAGCGAAUCCCACUAUCGCGAUCACUCUUUUCUAGCCAAACAUCAACAAUGUUAGUCUCCCCAAAUUCAUCUUUCAGGAUCAGCACACCACCUUUCGAGCAUGAGACAGAGACGUAUGUGACUCCAAAGAAGAGUUCGGAACAUGAUGAUUUUUAUGGUAUUCUUGGCAAGAUUUCAAGGUUGGACGGAUCACCGACGUCUCCUCAUGGAGAAACUGGAAAUUCUUCUAGUAACGGUGAAGAAAAAAAGGACGAUGAUGAUGAUGAACAUAAGGGGCUUUUAGAUGAUGAUGGAUGGGAGCUGUUUAACAAUGGUGAUCUUUUGAACAUAAGAAGAGAGGCGUGUUAGUCGUUUAUUUAUUUAUUUUUUUUCUUUUCUUUUUGGCAUCUUUAUUGACUCUUUACCAUCUAACAAGUUUUUUUCUUUUGCUAAAACUUUUAUGAUAUUUACUAUCGGAGACGUCGUUUCUUGUUAUUGUUUGCAAGUAUGUACGAAAAUACUUAUCGGUGUGUCUUGAUGCUAUUGUGCCACUGCAAAAAUAAUUAGUUUGUCAAGUAUGUUUAAGGCUAUUGUAAUAGAAGUAACAUUUUUUUUUUA